AUGCCAUCAUUCACCACCCUCCUCUCACUUAUCUUCAUCCCCUUCCUCGCCUGGCUCACAAUCCGUGCCUCUCGACUUUUCACCAACUACCUCUCGGCCCGCAAGCUAGGUAUUCCCAUCAUCGUAGUCCCCUGCUCCUGGCAAGAUGCCUGGUGGAUCAUCAUCUGGGGCAGCUUCCGCUGGCUGCGUCACGUCCCUAUACUCGGCUACUGGGUCGACUACAGCCAUCACUCCUGGGCUCAAGAUCUACGGUAUCGCCCGCACCAGAAACUCGGGGACGCCUUCGUGAUCGUCUCCCCCGUCAAAAACGAGAUCAUGGUCAACGAUCCGGCGGCCGGCGUCGAAUUGCAAUCUCAUUAUAAGACCUGGAUCAAACCUCGACCACUCUACGACCUGUUCGAGACGUUUGGCAAGAGCGUCAUCAGCGUCAACGGCGAGGACUGGCAGCGCCACCGCAAGAUCAUCAACCCGGCCUUCCGCGAGCAGAACAACAGGCUUGUCUGGGAUGAGUCGUUGAGGCAAGCGAGACAAAUGCUCGACGGCGUGCGCCGUCGGCCCGGUCAUUCGGGCACACUCCUCGACCUGCGCAACGACUGUGUCUUGAUUGCCAUGCACGUCCUGUCAGCAGCCGGGUUCGGGCACGCGCACAACUUUGAUGGCGGUCUACGCGAAGUCCCGCAAGGCCACACCAAGAGUCUGGCCGAAGCACUAAUGUUUUUACUGCAGAAUAUUUUGUUUACAGUGCUGUUUUCAAAAUGGACGCUGCUCGGCAUGAUGAUGCCGGCCAAGUACCGCGAGAUCAACGCCACGGUCAAAGAAUUCCGCCGUUACAUGAAGGAGAUUGUCGCAUAUAAUCGCGCGACCACGCAGGGUGGGGGCGGUGGAAAUACCACAAGUGCCGAUAUUGUUAGUGCGCUGGUCGAGGCAGACGAGGCCGCGAAGCGAGAGGAAAAGACAAACAUUGCCGCCAAUAACAGUUUUGGUUUGGGGACCGCGAAACCUAUGUAUCUCAGCGACGACGAGCUGUUUGGCAAUCUGUACGUGUUCAAUUUGGCUGGAUUUGAAACUACGGCGAAUGCCUUGAUAUACACGAUUCCAUUUCUCGCAGCCAAUCGAGAUGUGCAGGAGUGGGUGGGCGAAGAGGUCGACGUUGUCAUGAAGGGUAAAGACAAACUGGAUUAUGAAGAAGGCUUCCCCUUGCUAGUUCGAUGUUUGGCGCUGAUGUACGAAACUCUGCGUCUCUGGGGUCCUGUCCCCGACGCCGCACGUUGGUGCGCCGGCGAAUCCCAAUCCCUGCGCGUCAAUGACCACGAGAUGGUCGUGCCUGCCGAUACAUAUGUGUCCACCAACUUCUACGGCAUCCAUAGCGAUCCGCGCUGGUGGGGUGCGGACUCGCUGGAAUGGCGACCGAGACGCUGGAUCCGAGUCGACGAGAAGACGGGCAAGGAAUUAAUCGCGCCGCCACCGCCCGGAGCCGCGUUUAUGGCGUGGAGCAUUGGACCGAGAAUCUGCCCGGGUCGGAAGUUCAGCCAGGUCGAGUUUGUCGCAGUCAUUUCGUCGCUGUUGAGGUGGUAUAGGCUGAGGCCGUUGGUGAUUCGGAGCAAAAAGAUGAAGACGGAGGAACAGGCGAGACGGGCGUUGUUGCAAGUCAUUGACGAUUCGAUGAAUGUUGUUACGCCGAAGAUGAGGAGGCCGGAGGAUGCCGGGGUGGUGUUUAUUGAACGGUGA